UUAAAGUUACUGUCAAUCAGUAACCACACAACAAAUAACUCGUCUUUUGGCGCCACCCAGUGUGAUACAGACUGCAACACCUGAAAUGGAGUAAAGAAAUCUCCACCUCAUUUUUCUACUGCUAGUCACACACUGACUUUCACUGAUCAGGCUUCUGUGAUUUUUUACUUCAUGUUGAAUGAGACGGCAGCCAAGGCAUCCAUGUGACCGAUAGUGCAAGUCAUGGAAGACCAGCGGAGAAUCGAUCUGACCUACAUCACUGAACGCAUCAUCACCAUAUUCUGUCCUCAUGGGUGUCCCGAGGAGACGUACCUGCACAACCUGCAAGAAAUCAUCCCCAUGCUGCAGUCCAAGCAUGGAUGCAACUACAUGCUUAUUAACCUCUCUCAGAAGAAUGACCCUCUCACCCGAAUGACCCACAAGAUUUUAGACACAGGUUGGGUGGAUCAUUUGGCUCCCAGCUUGGAUCAGAUCUUACGAGUGUGCACGGCGAUGGAGGAUUGGCUGCAAACCAACCCGAAGCAUGUCCUGGUGUUACACUGCAGAGGAGGUAAAGGCCGGAUCGGAGUUCUGGUGGCUUCUUACAUCCACUUCAGCAACAUGCCAGCCAGUGCAGACCUUUCUCUGGACCACUUUGCCAUGAGGAGGUUCUACAGCGACAAACUCUCCGCCCUGAUGACCCCCUCCCAAAAACGGUAUGUUUGGAUGCUGGGGAGUAUGUUGAAAGGAGGAUUAAAGAUGUGUCCUUCUCCGUCGUUCCUCCUCUGCGUUGUUCUUCACGGUCUUCCCAAAAUAAGAGCAGAUGGAGGAUGUUGUCUCUUCCUGAGAGUCUACCAGAGUCUACAACCUGUUUGCACGUCUGCAGUCUACCAUGUUAAUGCAGGUCAGACAGACCGGCUCUACAUGGUGCUGCAGCCAGCUCAGCUGCUCAAAGGAGACAUCAUGGUGGUUUGUUAUGAUAAAAACAGCCACUCAGCCACCCGUCAGGUCAUCUUCCGUGUCCAGUUUCAUACGGGCCUCGUCAACGGACACGCCCUCACUUUCUCAAAGGCGGACCUUGACUCUGCCAGUGAAGAUGCUCGGUUCCCAGAAGAUGGAAAAGUGGAGCUGUUACUUUCUGACAGCCCUGAAAAGAUCAAAGGCAGAGAGCUGUGGCACAACGGACGCUGUGUGACGGUGGACUACGACACCUUGGAUCCUUUAGUCAGACGAGAUUCAUACCGAGACCCGUCUUCUCUUGAAAAAGCUCCCCUUCAUAUCCUGGACCCUGGAAAUAGCAGUUUAUAUGCCAAAGUGAGGAAGAAGAAGAGUAGUGAGGAAGGAGCUUCGUUCCCCCUGACGACCAGCAGCCCGAGCUGCAGUGACCGAGCUCCGUCUGCCAGCAGUGACUCGGGCCUGUCUGUUGCCUCUCAGGGGCCGACCGGAGCCAGACAGAAGAGAGGGGCCACUCUGGACCAGCGCACCCGGGCAGAGAGGUUUCUCCCUGGGGUCGACAUCGAGCUUGCUCAGCCUCUUCUGGAGGUUAUGACUGAGCUCGGUGUAUGCAGCGGAGGGGAGGGGGAGAUGACUGGAGAUGAGUCUGGCUUGGGGCACACUAUCAAUGGAGAGGUGUCAUCCAUCGAGAGGGAGACUGAUAUACUGGAUGAUGAGGAUGAUGUGGCGACUUCUACUUUAGACAUGCCGAGCUCGAGCAGUAUGUGCUCCCUCUCGUCCGAGACCCUGCCUGAAGUGCAGAGAUCAGCUCAAACUGAGUACUCCACUCACUCCUGGGUUCAGCAGCAGAUAGUCGAUGUCCGCACUGAAAACUACGUCGCGGUAAACGGGCAAGAGAGGACGAACAGGACGAGAAAAGAGAAACCUCCACCUUUGGCAUCUCCUGUUACGCCACAGAGGGGGCUCAGUAGCAGGGAAGCGGUGCAGAGAGGUCUGGUGAACGAGGACUGCACAGACAGUGUCACACAAAGCACGACCCACACUUCACAAACUUCUCCUUGCCAAGAGGAGGAGGAGGAAAUGGCGUCUUUAGACACAGACAUUGAUGAGUCUAUAGAGCAGCUGAACCAGCUGAUUCUGGAUUUGGAUCCCACAUUUGUUCCUGUUCCAACCCGCUGUGCCCCCCUGUCACGAUCCGCCUCCCUCCAAACCAACGGACUCAGCCACCAAGGAAAUACACACAUUACCGGUUGGACGCAGCACAAACAGGUCAGCGAUGUGACAGACUGUGGUGGUCUCCGCAGUCCAGGGUGGAGAGUUAAUGGGCCUCAGGGCUUCAGAGGCUCCCCUCUUCACAGCCCCCCCUCACUGUCUCCUCAGUACGGGCUUCUCUACAAAACCAACAGCAUGGAUUUUCGGGGACAAACGGAUAACGCCGACAUCGUCCCGUCCACUCCGUCCUUCCCAGUGACUCCUCCGACGCCCUACGUGAAAAACUUCCCAGAGUUUUCCCAGCUCAAACCCAGCAUCCAGUGGGAGCAACCCAGCUGGACUCAAGAUUCCCGGAGUUUCCUGGACAGCAUGAACCACGCCAGCGGCUCCACAGAGGGAGAGUUGUACAGAUCAGACGUGUCGGUCACUCCUGCAUCCUGUCAGAGGAUCUUCGGCUCCAUGUGCUCCGUGUCAUCGGGCAGCCCCCUCCCACACACAGACAGCUCCACUCCGCCUCCAGCGUGGCACGACCGGACUCCAAACUCCCAGAACUCCCCGUUCCCCCCGCAGCCCUCACCUCCUCUCUCCCUCAGCACCCCCAAUGCCCACAGUUCUCCCCGGGGGGUCCUAAAAGGCCUGGGUGGCGACGGUCCCGGGGUCCGCAAGGAGACAGACAGCACAGACUUGUCCUUGUUGUUGUUGGGUAACGGAGGCCUGGAGCACAGCCUGCUGGAGGCCAUGGAGGGCCUCGGGGGUUUGAACCUCAGAGGAGAGGGGGGCCUCCCUCCGAUACUGCCUGAGAAGAGGAGAGUGGGUGAGGGGGGAGAUUUUGGCUCCUGCUCCCCUUCUCUAAGCGGAUUUUCCAGCCCUCACAGUGGCAGCAGUCUCAGCAUCCCAUUCUCAUCCUCCAUGACCCCUGACCCCCUCAGAGGACACAGUGGGGCCCCGUCGCCCGGAGCAGAGUUUGGCAGUAAGCAGGACACUGUGAAGUUUGUUCAGGACACUUCCAAGUUCUGGUACAAGCCCGACAUUUCCAGAGACCAAGCCAUUGCAGUGUUAAAGGACAAAGAGCCGGGGUCUUUUAUUGUCAGGGACAGUCAUUCAUUCCGCGGAGCGUACGGAUUGGCUAUGAAGGUGGCGACGCCUCCUCCGUCUGUGUUACAGCAGAGUAAGAAAGUAGACCUGUCCAAUGAGCUGGUGAGACACUUCCUGAUAGAGUGCACACAAAAAGGAGUCCGUCUGAAGGGUUGCCCCAACGAGCCGUACUUCGGGAGUCUCACAGCUCUGGUGUGUCAGCACUCCAUCACCCCUCUGGCUCUGCCCUGUAAACUCAUCCUGCCUGACAGAGACCCGGUGGAGGACAUGACCGACUCUCCUGCACAGACGGCGACAAACUCAGCAGCUGAGCUUCUCAAACAGGGAGCAGCGUGUAACGUUUGGUUCCUGGGCUCUGUGGCGCUGGAGUCUCUUACGGGACACCAGGCCGUUCAGAAGGCGGCCAAGGAAACGCUCGCCAUGGACCCUCCGCCGGCCUCCACCGUCGUCCACUUCAAGGUGUCGGCGCAGGGCAUCACGCUCACGGACAACCAGAGGAAGCUUUUCUUCAGGAGACACUACGCAGUCAAUACAGUCAUCUUCUGUUCUCUGGACCCACAAGGCAGGAAAUGGACGAGAGGAAGCAGCUCCACUGCAAAGAUCUUCGGCUUCGUAGCCAGGAAAUCUCAGAGCGAGACUGAAAACAUGUGUCAUCUGUUUGCCGAGCACGACCCCGAGCAGCCGGCCAGCGCCAUCGUCAACUUUGUCUCAAAGGUCAUGAUCGGGUCACAUAAGAAGUAGUAACGAGGAGGAGGAGGAGGAUGAGACUCACUGUGUGGAGCGGAGGAACCUGGACUCGGGAUCAACUUCCAACCCCAACUUCUUAUAAAUAUGAGUGUGGACCACGAAGAGCCAAAAACACUCCAGCACCUGGUCCUGUUGGGUCAUCCUGCAGAAUAACCCCCGUGCAUUUUGUACUGACUGCACUGCAGGAUGCUGCCACUAGGGGGAGCCAAAGCUGUUAUGUAUAAAGUUCAACUGGUCUGAAACUCAUCAACAGGAGGCUGCAACGACUUGUGGAUCUUUUUUAAAAAAUUUUAUGAGAUAUGUAUAAAAUGAUUGACACUUUCUCCACAGAAGAUCUUGUCUGCAAAUUGGAUUUUGUCACAUUAUGACUACUUUAUCAGAUCUACCAUGUCAAAUUUAUUCUAACUGUACGGUUUUGCAUUGACUUUGCUUGUUGCUGCCAAUAAUAACACACUUACUUCUGAUAAAAAAAAAAAAAAAAACCUGGAGGAUCCUGCAGAUAAACAUAUAUUUUAAGGUAUGAUUAUGAUUGAGAAACUUGUUUCACAUUGGUUAAAAUGUGUAAAAUCAUAUUUUAACAUCACUAUUUUUAUAUGUAAAAAAAACAAACAAACAACCCCAACCAUACUGUCACAUGACAACGCCAAUCAUGUGGUCGCCUUGUACUUCCCCCUUGUGGAUUUAUUGUGUUUAUAUAUGUUGCUCAAAGUAUUUAUCCCUUUUUACAGAUGUGUAAAAGUUCUUUUUUUCCCCCCUUCCUAAAUAUACUUGUCAUAUAUUUUUGUAUAUUAACACAUACUGUACAUUAGGGUUAAAAGGCAGCGUACCUCAGAAUUUAUGCAAUUAUGUCACAUAUUGUAUUGUUGUGGGAGGGGUAUGAUGUCGUUUUUCGCAUGGUUGUAAAGAUACUACACAUUGUGCCCACGUGUACUUGUUGUAUUACUAAUAUAGUUGUUCAUAUGUUCCUUUACCAAUAACAACAAUACAGGUUCUUGUACAGUUUAUGUGCCAUGAAAUGAGUCUCUCUGAAUAUAAUAAGAGAUUAAAAAAAACACAUAGAAUUAUAGCCCACCUCUGUAAUUUAAUGUUAAUUCAUAUUCACAACAAUAUUUUGGCUCUUAACUCCAGCGGUUUCUAACCAUGCAGAUUUUAUCCAACCAGGUUUUCAAAUAUCUGAUGUUGAUGACAUUUUAUUUGUGGCACUCAAACUUCUAUAAAUGUUAAUAAGUUAUUUCUUUAGUAGAAAGCAGUUCAAAUUGUAUUAACCUUCCUGUCGUCCUCCCGGGUCAAAUUGACCCCGUCUGUUUUCACUGU